GGAGAGCGAGCAAGGAAACUGAAUUAUAUUUUGCUGUGUGUGGAGACCUGUAUGCGAGCUUACUCUACAGGCACAGUAUAGACCUAUUGGUUGUUUUGGUAUGAGGGGAAUUCAUGCAUUACUUGAAGUUCACUUUGUUGUUUGAAUAAAAUGCUGAUCUGCUUUCAUACGACGUACCCUGAAUCUAUUGCCAAGUCUUCAUCUAUCUGUCUUUGUAUGUGUGCAAUGUGGAAGUCUAGUAGAGGAAGAAUAGCUUGUCAACGAAGAUAGUUCUUAGGGAAUUUGGAAUAAUUAGGCAUUUGAAGGACGAGGUGGAGGACUUGGAGGAACUAGAAAAAGAAAAGCAAAAGUAUUACACAUCAGAAAAUGCAGAGAUGGAUGAAUUCAUGGAGCAUGUGGGGAACUUUGCGAUCGAAAUGCAUGUACAAGUAGAGGAACUGAAAAGUCACUCCAAUGCGCUGAAGUCAAAAUUUUCAGAACUACAAGGCAGCCUCAACCAUUUGGAUAACUCCGAGAUAGCUGCAGCAGAGAGAAGAAAAUCAGAGCUCCAAACUAUCAAGCAGAGCAUGGAGAGAGAGAUGUCUCUGAAACACCAAUUCAGAGAGCAGUUGAGAAGGCAGCUUGCAAAUCUGUUGACCUACCAAAAGCCCACAUAGAGACAAAUGGUUUCACUUGUAAAGCUAAGGGCCAUUCCACUUCAUGUUGCUAACUGGUAAGUAUUGAAAAAUUAUGGCAUUUCUAGUUGGACUUUGGUACAACUGCGAAGUACUUCGUCGUCCCAUAAAAAGAGUCCUCAUUU